AUGGCGACCAGUACAACACUUUCCUGGAGAAACGUGCUCAUGCAGACGACUCUGAGCAUAUUUUCACAUCUUGCGCGGCGGCGAGGACAAGAUCAUUUCUUUGUCGUCUCGGCGAACUUGCCAUCUUGGAAGCAUCUUGCUCCACUUCGCAACUCAAUACUCCUCACAGUUGAAUCUUGGCAAAUCAAUGAUGAACUUCCACGGUGGUAUUCACCCUGGAAGGACAUCAUGAUACCGGGUUACAUUGACCGUUGGCGGAUCGACGCGAUGCGAAUGGUCAACAAACCUACGAAUGAGCGCGGUUUCCUGAUGGUUUUCCAUGGAAAUCAUCCUGGGAAUCACGGCCUUUAUGUGGCACACAAGGCUAAGGUGCGCACCCAAAUCCUGGAGUCUUUCGCUGGCAUACCCGACUGCAGCGUUGGUGGUCCUGUGUCGGACUUCUUCCAGAGGAUGGGGAGAACCCAUUUCUGCUUGGUUCCUCGUGGCUCUUCGGCAUGGACUAUUCACCUUUACGAGAGCUUCUUCUUUGGUUGCAUUCCUGUAAUCAUAUCUGACUUCUUGGACGUCCCCUUCCAGAAUGUUGUCGACUGGCCAGCCCUGAGCAUCAAGUGGCCGGAGGAGAAGGUCGGCCCGGAGCUCCUGAGCUACCUGCGCAGCAUUCCUCUGGAAAGGAUCGGGAAGAUGAAGCAAAAGCUCGAAGAAGCCGCCUGCUUCUUUGACUUCCACCGGGGUUGGGGCCGAAAGCGCCGGAACGCAGCGGGCGACAGCGACUCCGACCCAUGGCUCUCAUGGGCCAAAGACCAGGUGGCGCUGGGCGUGGAUUGCCUGUACCUGCAUCACGGAGACGGGACGUCGGCAGAAGACUGCAAGCGCAGCUGUACACAACAUCAGCGCUGCAACACCGUGAACUUUUCACCCGGACGCGCACUGGAGUCAGGGGAUUGCGUGCUGAGGAGCUGUAGAGACCCGGCGCAGCCUGCGCUCACGGGAGGUGCCGGUGGCUGGCAAGUUUGGUCGAUGGUCAAUGAUACGGACCUUCACUGCUCGCCAUACCAUGCAAUCUUCAGCCAGCUCAAGCAGCGAACGAGCCGACCUUUGCAGCAGGGAUCGUUCUGGUACUAG